AUGUUGCACAACGGCUACGGGAAGACGGGCGGUGCCAAAAACCCCCCCAGAUCGACUGGUUUCAGCUUUAUUUUGGCCUGCCAAAACGUUUUACCAGGGAAGGAUCCAGUUCCUGCGAGGGAAAUGGAACUCAAGCACCGUCGGGCAUCCGGUGCUGCACAGCAUUUGGCAUUUGGGACGAACAACCUGGAGAAAUGGAUUGGAUCUAAUCAUCCCAAGAUGAGAUGGGUUGGUGCAUAUGCCGUCGGAACGGUUCGUAUUUCUCCUGGUGAAUCCGGAAGCGCCACCUAUGCCGGUCACCAUGCCUGA